AUGGGAGGAGCAGGGGGGGGGGGUGACCGUGGUGGUGAGCGUUGUGGGACAGGGAGUGGGGCGCCCUCUGUCGACCGACAGCGCCCCACACAGCUGACAGGGCUGUCAAUCACGUGGAGCAGCUGAGCGUUGGGAAGCAGAGAGGGGUCCCAGUGUCCAGUCCGACCCGCCAUCAGCCACGAGGAGCGGCAAAGCUCACAGCUGUAGAAGACGCACACAGACAGAAACGCACAAACAGACACACACACACACACACACACACACAUAGACACUGAGGAUUACUUUGACUGGAAUACAGCGGAGACACAGCAGUGGACACGGUGCCUGGAGUACACUCAGAAGGAGGCGGUUGCUAGGAGGCGGUUGCUAGGCGACGGCGGCGGUGCCCAGUGCUGCAGGAUGUCAGUAUGGCGUCCCUGCUCCCCCCUGCUGGUAAAGAGAUCUUCAGGCGCUUCACCCCGGCUUCUCUGGACGAACUUCAGCUGUGCUUUGAGAAGGAAGAGCGGGAAAAACUGAGGAGGAAAGAGAAAAACAUAGAGAUUUCUGAGGAUGACCUCCCCAAACCAAGCAGUGACCUUGAGGCUGGUAAGACCCUCCCAUUCAUCUUUGGAGACCCGCCCCCCGGAUUAAUCAACACCCCAUUGGAGGAGCUGGAUCCCUACUACAAAUCAUCCAAGACCUUCAUCGUGAUCAAUAAAGGAAACACCAUCCAACGGUUUAACGCAGAUCCUGCCUGCUACCUGCUCAGUCCCUUCAGUGUCUGUCGGAUCACAGCCAUCAAGAUCCUGAUCCACACGCUCUUCAGCCUGUUCAUCAUGCUGACCAUCCUCGCCAACUGUGUCUUCAUGACCCUGAGCGACCCCCCAGUCUGGGGCAAGACCGUGGAAUAUGUUUUCACCGGCAUCUACACCUUUGAGGCCACGGUGAAGGUGGUGGCCCGAGGCUUCUCCAUCGGGCCGUUCACCUUCCUCAAAGACCCCUGGAACUGGCUGGACUUCAUGGUCAUCAGCAUGGCUUACCUAACCGAGUUUGUGGACCUGGGAAAUGUGUCAGCAUUGAGGACAUUCAGAGUCCUGAGAGCUCUUAAGACCAUCACCGUUAUCCCUGGCCUGAAGACCAUCGUUGGUGCCCUCAUCCAGUCGGUGAAGAAGCUCGCUAACGUCAUGAUCCUGACCGUCUUCUGCCUGAGUGUCUUUGCUCUGAUCGGUCUCCAGCUCUUCAUGGGAAACCUUCGUCAGAAAUGUGUUGUGUGGCCUCCACUCUUUCUCAACGACAGCCUCGUCGACAACUUCAAUGGCACCGAUAACUCCACCUUCGACUUCCACCAGUACAUCAACAACCCUGAGAACUACUACUACAGAAACAACGAUAUGGACCCUCUUCUGUGUGGAAACAGCUCCGACGCAGGCCAGUGUCCGGAGGGCUUCAACUGCAUGAAGGCGGGAGAGAACCCAAACCACGGCUACACCAGCUAUGACACGUUCGGCUGGGCCUUCCUCGCCCUCUUCAGACUUAUGACCCAAGACUUCUGGGAGAACCUCUUUCAGCUGACCCUCAGGGCUGCGGGGAAGACCUACAUGAUGUUCUUCGUGGUGGUGAUCUUCCUGGGCUCCUUCUACCUCAUCAACCUCAUCCUGGCGGUGGUGGCCAUGGCGUACGCCGAGCAGAACGAGGCCAGCCUCGCCGAGGCCAAGCAGAAGGAGGAGGAGUACGCCGGCGUCAUGGAGGCCCUGAAGCAGAGGCAGGAGGAGCAGACCAUUGCAAAUAAAGCGCAUCCAGAAGAUUCGGCUGCACUCGAUCAAAACCACACUGAGGCAAACGACUUUGAGGAGGACCAGCGGCCGUGCCCCCCGUGCUGGUACGUGUUCGCUGACGUGUGUCUGAAGUGGGACUGCUGCGGCUGCUGGCGCUGGCUGAAGGGCUGGCUGUACGUCAUCGUCAUGGACCCCUUCGUGGACCUGGGCAUCACCGUGUGCAUCGUGCUCAACACGGUGUUCAUGGCCAUGGAGCACUACCCCAUGACCCCUGCCUUCGAGCACAUGCUGAGCGUGGGCAACCUGGUGUUCACUGGGAUCUUCACAGCUGAGAUGGUCCUCAAACUGCUGGCCAUGGAUCCCUACUACUACUUCCAGGUUGGCUGGAACAUAUUUGACAGUAUCAUAGUGACCAUGAGUCUUGUGGAGCUGGGAUUGGCUGAUGUCCAGGGUCUGUCUGUGCUACGGUCCUUCAGAUUGAUGCGUGUGUUCAAGCUGGCCAAGUCCUGGCCCACCCUCAACAUGCUGAUCAAGAUCAUCGGCAACUCUGUGGGCGCGCUGGGGAACCUGACCCUGGUGCUGGCCAUCAUCGUCUUCAUCUUCGCCGUGGUGGGCAUGCAGCUCUUUGGGAAGUCGUACCGGGAGUGCGUGUGCAAGAUCUCGACGGACUGCGAGCUCCCGCGCUGGCACAUGACGGACUUCUUCCACGCGUUCCUCAUCAUCUUCAGGGUGCUGUGUGGGGAGUGGAUCGAGACCAUGUGGGACUGCAUGGAGGUGGCGGGCAUCCCCAUGUGUCUGACCAUCUUCAUGAUGGUCAUGGUGAUCGGGAACCUGGUGGUAUUAAAUCUCUUUCUGGCCUUGCUACUGAGCUCAUUUAGUGGAGACAAUCUAGCUGCAAUCGAGGAAGACGGCGAGAACAACCUUCAGAUCGCUGUCAACAGAAUCACCAACGGCAUCGCCUGGACCAAAACGAAGGCCCUUACAGUCGUAAGGAGUCUGUUGGCCAAGAACACCGAACCAGCACAGACUGCUGAGAACGAAGAGGAGGAGACGAAGGAGUAUCUGUCGUUGAUGGGCGUGGACCCAGAGCCACCCCGGUCUCCGCCGGAGCCCUCGAACCCUGAGGCGCCCUGGACCAGACCGGACGGCCUGAGCAGUAUCUAUAGCAACAGUAACUAUGGCAACAUCAUCACACUGAGGGUUCCCAUGGCCACCGCAGAGUCUGACUGUGAGCCUGAAGAAGAAGAGGAGGAGGAGGAGGAAGAGGAAGAGGAGGAGGAUCUUUCUGAGGGUGAAGAUCACUCAUCAGUUUGCAGUACAGUGGAGAGACAUCCAGAGGCUGAUGAGAACGAGGAGGAGGAAGAACAUGAUGCUAACACGCCUGAAGACUGCUAUAGUGCCAAUUGUUACGGCCGUUACCCCUGCCUGGACGUGGACACCUCCCAGGGCUGGGGGAAGACCUGGUUCACCAUCAGACGGACCUGCUUCAUCAUCGUGGAACACAACUACUUUGAGACCUUCAUCAUCUUCAUGAUCCUGCUCAGUAGUGGUGCUUUGGCCUUUGAGGACAUCUACCUGGAGCAGCGGCGCGUCAUAAAGACGCUGCUGGAGUACGCGGACCAGGUGUUCACCUACGUGUUCAUCGUGGAGAUGCUGCUGAAGUGGGUGGCGUACGGCUUCCAGACGUACUUCACCAACGCCUGGUGCUGGCUCGACUUCCUCAUCGUGGACGUCUCUCUGGUGUCCCUGACCGCUAACCUCCUGGGUUAUUCUGAACUGGGAGCCAUCAAGUCUCUGAGGACGUUGAGGGCCCUGAGACCGCUGAGGGCCCUGUCGCGCUUUGAGGGCAUGAGGGUGGUGGUGAACGCCCUGGUGGGGGCCAUCCCGUCCAUCUUCAACGUGCUGCUGGUGUGUCUGAUCUUCUGGCUGAUCUUCAGCAUCAUGGGCGUCAACCUGUUCGCCGGGAAGUUCUACUACUGCUUCAACUCGACGUCGGAGAGCAUGAUGCUGCCAGAGGAGGUCAACAACCGCAGCGAGUGCCUGGCCCUGGCCGAGAACGACCCCAGCAUCCACUGGAGGAACCUGAAGGUCACCUACGACAACGUGGGCAUGGGCUACCUGUCGCUGCUGCAGGUGGCGACCUUUAAGGGCUGGAUGGACAUCAUGUACGGAGCGGUGGACUCCAGAGAGGUUGAGCAGCAGCCAGCAUAUGAAGCCAACCUCUACAUGUAUAUCUACUUCGUCAUCUUCAUCAUCUUCGGCUCCUUCUUCACCCUCAACCUUUUCAUUGGUGUUAUUAUUGAUAACUUCAACCAGCAGAAGUCCAAGCUGGGAGGGAAAGACAUCUUUAUGACAGAGGAGCAGAAGAAAUACUACAACGCAAUGAAGAAACUAGGCUCCAAGAAACCUCAGAAACCCAUUCCCCGGCCAGCGAAUAUGUGCCAAGGGUUGGUUUUCGACUUGGUCACAAAGCAGUUUUUUGACAUCUUCAUCAUGGUGUUGAUCUGUCUCAACAUGGUGACCAUGAUGGUGGAAACAGACGAACAGAGUCCUGAGAAGGAAGAGAUUCUGUAUUUGGUCAAUCUGGUCUUCAUCGUGGUCUUCUCCACGGAAUGUUGUCUGAAGCUCUUCGCUCUCAGGCAGCAUUUCUUUGCCGUUGGAUGGAACGUCUUUGACUUUGUGGUUGUAAUUCUCUCCAUCUUAGGCAUCCUCCUCGUCGACCUCAUAGAGAAGUACUUUGUCUCGCCGACGCUCUUCCGUGUGAUUCGCUUAGCCCGCAUCGGCCGCGUCCUCCGUCUCAUCCGCGGCGCCAAGGGCAUCCGCACGCUCCUGUUCGCUCUGAUGAUGUCACUUCCUGCCCUGUUCAACAUCGGGCUCCUCCUCUUCCUCAUAAUGUUCAUAUUUUCCAUCUUCGGCAUGUCAAACUUUGCCUACGUGAAAAAAGAGGCCAUGGUCGACGACAUGUUCAACUUUGAGACCUUUGGGAACAGCAUCAUCUGCAUGUUCAUGAUCACCACGUCGGCCGGCUGGGACGGACUGCUCUUCCCCAUCCUGAACUCCGGCCCCCCCGACUGUGACCCCGACGUCGAGAACCCCGGGUCGGAGGUCAGGGGCAACUGUGGCAACCCCCUGGUGGGCAUCGUGUUCUUCUGCAGCUACAUCAUCAUGUCCUUCCUGGUGGUGGUGAACAUGUACAUCGCCAUCAUCCUGGAGAACUUCAACGUGGCGACCGAGGAGAGCGCCGACCCCCUGUGCGAGGACGACUUUGAGAUGUUCUACGAGACCUGGGAGAAGUUUGACCCCGACGCCUCCCAGUUCAUACAGUACAGCGCGUUGUCGGAUUUCUGUGACACGCUGAAGGAUCCCCUGAGGAUCCCCAAACCCAACGCCAUGAAGCUGAUCAACAUGGACCUGCCCCUGGUGCCCGGGGACAAGAUCCACUGUCUGGACAUUCUGCUGGCCCUCACUGCCCUGGUUCUGGGCGAUUCGGAAGGAAUGGACGCCCUCAAAGCGAGCAUGGAGGAGAAGUUCAUGGCCAACAACCCGUCCAAGGUGUCCUACGAGCCAAUCAGCAGCACGCUGAAGAGGAAGCAGGAAGAGGUGGCGGCGCUGGUCAUCCAGAGAGCCUUCCGGAAGCACCUGUGGCGCCGGACGGUGCACCACGCCUCCUACACCUACCGGGGGCAGCGCGAGGGGCACGCCGGCCCCCAGCCCGCGCCCGAGUCCCAGGGCCUCAUCUUCCAGCGAAUAGGAGAGCUGUAUGGAGACGGGCGGAAGGACGGUCCGCCGGACACGCCCCCGACAGACGCCACCGAGGAAUGUCUUGUCCCGGCGGCCGUAGAACUCCAUCACGAGGUGGUGCUCCAGUGCCGACCUCCAGACUCUGAGUCCGUAGUCUGACAGUACACACACUGCACU